UUUGACACUACUGACAAUUCAAACGUCAGUUUGACAGGUGUCAGGUGUCCCUUGUUUAUUGUUAUCAUUACGUUAUCAAUGAUCUAAUUUUAAUUAAAACGAAGAAAAACACCACACAAUUACUUGUUUUAUCAGUGCUGGCCAAUUUCCGACGCAUCAUUCCGUCUUUUAACAACACACAAUCAACAGAUCUGGGUAUGCGUGUGAGAUAAGACAUUUGGCUCAGUUGGAAGUAUGGGGACGUUGGAAACGGUGUGGAGGGUGUUGACGAGGAAGAAAAUCCUCGAUCCUGUGUCAACAGAACGCUCCGAGUUGAGCAGAGUGUUGAAUACCUGGGAUUUGACGGCUCUGGGUGUUGGGAGCACCCUCGGUGUAGGUGUGUAUGUGCUGGCUGGUCAGGUGGCCCUAAAAACAGCGGGGCCCUCAGUUGUCUUGUCGUUUGUUAUCGCCACAAUUGCUUCAGUGUUUGCUGGUCUGUGUUAUGCCGAAUUCGGAGCUAGAACUCCUCGAGCUGGUUCAGCCUACAUCUACAGCUACGUCUGCGUAGGCGAAUUCGUAGCUUUCGUAAUCGGAUGGAACCUAAUCCUUGAAUAUGUCAUAGGUUCAGCAAGCGUUGCACGAACUCUCAGCAAUUAUCUCGAUGCCCUUAUCAAUGACACGCUCAAAGACACGUUCCGAGAAAUCGCCCCCAUAGACGGCAUCAGUUUUAUGUCCACAUAUUUUGAUUUUCUAGCUUUUGGUAUUUCAAUACUGCUAGCAAUUGCUCUAGCAUUUGGUUUGAAGGAGAGCAGUAUAGUCAAUAAUAUUUUCACUGCGAUAAAUUUAUUCGUAGUGUUGUUUGUGGUGAUCGCCGGAGCUACUAAAGCAAACACAGACAACUGGUAUUUGCCAGCCAAUGGCACUGGCACAGGCGACGAGGGUGGAUUUUUCCCCUUCGGCGUUGAAGGGAUGAUAAAAGGAGCAGCGACCUGUUUUUAUGGGUUUGUGGGUUUCGACUGUAUUGCAACAACAGGGGAGGAAGUAAAAAAUCCAAAAAGAGCCAUUCCAACAGCGAUUAUUUUUUCACUAUUUGUUAUAUUUCUUGCAUAUUUUGGAACUUCUACAGUCCUUACAUUGAUGGUCCCAUUUUAUAAUGAGGAUUAUAACGCUCCACUUCCCCAUGCUUUUGAAAUGGUUGGCAUGAGCUGGGCCAAAUGGGUUGUAACAAUUGGGGGCCUAUUUGCACUAUGUGCCAGUUUGUUUGGCGCUAUGUUUCCACUUCCAAGAAUAAUCUACGCAAUGGCUAACGAUAGUCUUGUUUUUCGGUUUUUGGGUCGUGUCAGUUCAAGAUUUAAAACACCAGUUGCUGGUACUUUAGUGGCUGGUGUUUUGACUGGUUUAAUGGCCGCUCUUUUCGAUGUCAGUCAAUUGAUAAAUAUGAUGUCCAUUGGAACUCUUAUGGCAUAUACUAUAGUUGCAGCAAGUGUUCUUCUUCUACGCUACGAGAUCGAUAAAGGCGACAUUUACGAACCUCUAAGGGCCCUUUUGGACUCGGAGGAAGUCGAGACAUAUACGGAAAAUCGUAAUUUGGACGGAACCAGCGAAGAAAUCGAACUAAUGCCUGGGGAAAUCACAACUACGAACGUAUUUAAACAAAUUUUUAACUGUGGUAGACAUGGAUUCCCUUCGGACGUUUCCGAACGAAUCGUCAAAUUUCAAGUUUGUCUCUAUUGCAUUCUUUGCAUUUUAAUCGGAGUUUGUGCAAUGCAUUUGAAAGACUGGAUCCGAAAUGACGCCCUUUGGGGUAUUGUCGUUUCGGGGGUUGUGGUCGGAUUGGCCGUGUUGGUUUUAAUGUCGAUUACAACGCAGCCACAGUCGAGGAAAGAACUGCCCUUCAAGGUCCCUUUGGUGCCCCUCAUACCCGCAUUGAGCAUCUUGAUAAACAUUUAUUUGAUGCUAAUGUUGGACGUAAACACUUGGAUUCGAUUCGGUGUUUGGAUGCUCGUAGGCCUUCCCACUUACUAUUUUUCCAUCCAAACUCAUUCCGAUGCACGAAAUGAGAGCAUAUGCAGUCGUGACUCCGUCAAACCGAACGGGAACUUAACCUCUUUCACCAAUCAUGCCUAUGUUAACGAUGAAACUUUACCGAAAAUUAAACCACGUGCACCCGAACCGCCCAUUUCGAACAACAUCGAGGCGACCAUCGCCGUCUUGGACCUAGUGCUCGAAAACGAAGAAGCCAACAUUGACGAGAACCUAAUCGAACGCGAACUUUCCCUUGGCUCUGCCUCUGACGCUUCCAAUGUUUUACGUGAAGAGAAUGUCCAAGCUGUUGUGCAUUGUCCUGACCAAUCCGGUGACGUUGAAACCCCCACUCCUGAACCUGACCCCGCCUCUGACGAGCCUCCUCCAAUGGAGGAGGAAGCGGACGAGCCCCCUCCAGUGGUCGAGGACACGCCUCCAGUUCCCCCACCACCUCCACCCCCACCACUAGAAGGUGUGGCCAUCCCGAGACCACAUUUCCGCUUAAGUGAGAUAAAUAACGUUAAAUUGAAAUCGUGGGACGAGACAAAACCACUAUCGCCACCUGUUGACUACUCUCGACAAAAUUCAAUGGCUCCUGACAAUGAUGGUAACCUCAAAUUCGGUUCGCCACAAUAUAAAGAAUUUCGCGAAUAUUUAACCCAAACGUUACAAGAUGGCGGUUACGCCCCGACGCCUAUCAUUGGCAUAAAUAAUAAACCGGUUAAAACCGAACCGGUUUCUAUCGAAAAUGUUGUUCAGGACAAAAUUGACCGAGAUGAUGUCAAGCAAAAGCUGACAUUGUUUUUAGAACGGCAUAAUAAUAAUAAUAAUGUGAAGGAAGACAAUUUGCAAAUUAAUAAUAUUGUUGAGGAUUUUAAAGAAGAAUACAAGAAGAAUUCGGAAAAUGUUAGUAGUUCAGGUGUGAAGCAACGCGCGAAAGAUGACAACGAUUAUGACCAAUUGAGGCAUAAACAGAACAUGAAUAACGUUUUUAAGAGUAUCAGGCUGAAAAAAGUGGACAGUUUUAACGAAUCUCAGUAAAGCUUGAUAUUGAUUGAGAUUGAUAUUAACAAAGCGUCCCGCUAGCUUUGGAUAUUAAGAAGUUGGAGAUUACCAAGUUUUUGUUCCUGUUCCUAUGUCGCUUUUUGUUGUUUCCUUUUCCUUUCUUCUUUUGCUUUGCUUCUAAUCUUUGCAUGAAUUUUUUAUUACACGGUAUUAAAGAACUGGGAACUAUUAUCGAGUUCUUUACAGGUUUUCUUAUUUACGGAUUUUAUGGUCUUCCGUACAAUGUAAGAACGUUCAGAAAUUAUGAAAGAUUAGAAUGAUUCUCCUCCUAACCCUAUUUUAUAAUAUACAAAUUAUAGUUUAUUAUAAUAAAAUAUAUUUUAUGAA